UUCUCAUUCUCAGUAUCCGGAAACUAACAGAAUUAAGCUUCUCUCGCAUUCUCUUUCAUUGUCGCCUGCCUCACAUCGCAGAACUACUGCCUACACAACAAAACCCUAUUCCCCUAUUUACUCUCUAACCCCAUUUUGGAUUUUCGCUCUAUUCCUUCCGCCCACUCCCCAACUCUUCCUUUUUUUCUGAAACCGCAUUAUUCUGCACGCUCAUUUAGACGAUUGCCUUUCCGUAUCAUCUUCAAUCACUGCGUCUAGGGUUAGUUUCCGUCUUCUUCAUAAUCCUAUCUGCUUCUUUUUAUUUCCUAAUUUCCCCCUAUUUUAUUCUUCUCUGCCCUGUAACCCUAGUUCCCUGGUCUUGCAAGUUUUACAUUAUUGCCACGUUCAAAUCUUUGGGGGGAUAUUUUAUCCGUGUUUGACCGUGAAUAUAGCUUCUAGGGAUUUUUCUUUCCAGGCUGAACAGUUUGAUGUUCUUGCUGUAUUGGCAAUUUUAGACUUUUUUUCAUUGUGGCCGUAGUUGUGCUAUUGUGUUUCCCUCACGAGAUGAAGUCCUUUUGAAUUUCUUUUAGUGAUCGGCAAAUCCAUCUUUCUCUGAAGAUGGAGGCGUAGAGAGUUCUUCUUCACAACAUUGGCUUGAAUUUCAAGGCAGUGAAUUCUCGUGUUUUAUCAACCGUGACAAGACAUGUUUUGUUUGAUUGAGGAAUAGACUACGGAAUAUCUCAUUGUAGUUUUUUGAGGGACUCAUUAAAUUCAUUUACAUACCCGUAUUUUUUUUUUCCUGAGAAGUUAUAGACUUAAAUAUGUCAUAAUUUGGUGGAGUAACCGGUUGUUUGGGUGGGAAGGAAAGUGCCGUUAAAGCUUUUUUCGCAUUGAAGGCGAAUAAAUCUUCGUGUGCUAUUCGGGUUUGGGCUUCUCUAGAUAUCGGCUGCUUUUUAUCAGCUACGGGAGGAUACAGUCUUGCUGGUAUAUCUAUUUUUUCUUGAAGCAUUCGGGAUCAGGCAGGUUAUCCUCGAUUGACAUAUGGGAUAUGAAGUGUUAUAAAUUGGAACCAUCAGUUUAGUAUAGAAGCACAAUAGUUCUGUACAAGAGUUGGAGGCCGUGAAGAUAGCGCACAAGCUUUUUGAGAUAAUUCUGAUAAUGUUCAGUGUUCGUUAUGGAAAGAAGUGAACCUGCGUUAGUGCCAGAAUGGUUGAGAAGCGCUGGAAGUGUUGCUGGGGCUGGCAGUUCAGCCCACCAUUUGUCUUCUGCGUCUACAAAUACAGAUGCUUCCUCUGUCGUCCAUCAGCCUAGAAAUAGACCAUCUAAGAGCAAUAGUGAUUUUGAUAGCCCUCGCUCUUUGUUUUUUGAACGCACAUCAUCAUCAAAUUCUCGGAGGGGUUCCAUGAAUGGUUCUGCAAAGCAUGCCUAUAGUAGUUUUAGUAGGAAUCACCAUGACAAGGACCGUGAUAGAGAGAAAGAGAGGUCAAGUUUCGGGGAGCCCUGGGAUCGUGACUCUUCCAAUCCAUUGUCCAACAUCUUUUCUGGGAGGGCUGAGAGGGAUACAUUGCGGCAUUCUCAUUCAUUGGUUCCUAGGAAACAAAGCGAGCUUUUGUCUAGGAGAGUUGCAGUGGAUGCAAAAUCCAUUGGCAAUGGCAACCAGCACCAUGGCAAUGGCAUACUUUCUGGGGGUGGUAUUGGCAGUAGCAUUCAGAAAGCUGUGUUUGAUAAGGAUUUUCCAUCCCUUGGAACUGAAGAGAAGCAGGGAGCUGCUGAAAUAGGGAGGGUUUCAUCUCCUACUUUAGGCAUUACUGCUUGCCAGAGUCUGCCUGUUGGUAGCUCAGCUUUGAUUGGCGGAGAGGGGUGGACAUCUGCACUUGCUGAAGUACCUAUAAUAAUUGGAAGCAGUAAUAUUGGAUCUCUAACAGCACAACAAACUGGUGCCUCAAAUUCUGUGUCUGCUGCUCCGAGUGCAACAGCUGGUCUUAAUAUGGCUGAAGCAUUGGCACAGACUCCAUCCCGUACUCGUUCCACUCCCCAGGUGUUAGUGAAAGCCCAAAGGCUUGAGGAACUGGCAAUCAAACAGUCGAGACAGCUAAUUCCAAUGACACCUUCAUUGCCUAAAGCUUCGGCUCUUAAUUCUUCCGAGAAAUUGAAGCCCAAAACAUCAGCUAGAAAUGCUGAAAUGAAUGUACCUGCCAAGAGUGGGCCACAGCAUCUCUCAUUACACAUCGCUAAUCAAUCUCUUCGUAGUGUAAAUGUUAAAUCUGAUACUCCAAAGACUUCUGGAAAGUUUACUGAUCUCAAAUCGGUGGUGUGGGAAAAUGGUGUUUCCCCUACCUCCAAGGAUGUUUCAAACCAAACAAAUUAUUCUAACAGCAAGCCCGGAAAUCAACUUACUGUUACUUCAGCAGGUUCUUCUGGACUGUCAAGGAACCCCAGCAAUGUAAAAUCUCCAACAGAGCGGAAGCCAGCUUCAAUGGACCUAAAAUUAGGUUCUACUAUGGAAAAGAAACCUUCGUUGUCUCAAGCGCAGAGCAGGAAUGAUUUCUUCAAUCUUAUCAAGAAGAAAACACUGGUGAACUCUUCAUCAGUUCUUCCUGAUUCUGACACCUUGGUUACUUCUACCAUCAUGGAAAAACCUGAUGCAAUAACUAGGGAAGUAGUUAGUCCUCCUGCUAACCCUGAAGCUCUUGGAAAUGGUGCUGAUGUCAGCAAUGGUGAUGUCUGUGAAGAUGAACGCCUUCCCAAUAGUAAAAAGAAUGAUACAGUUUCCAGUUUGACAAUAUAUCCUGAUGAGGAAGAAGCUGCUUUUCUUCGUUCUCUUGGUUGGGAAGAGAAUUCUGGUGAGGAUGAAGGCCUCACAGAAGAGGAGAUCAAUGCCUUCUAUCAGGAGUGCAUGAAAUUGGGUCCUGCCACAUUCAAGCUGAGAGGCAUUCAGCCAAAUCUCUCCAAGUUGUUGGAUUCUUAUGCAACCAACUUGCAUGGAGCUUCUGCUGAAUUGAGCACUUCUGACUCCGGAUCCCAAGCUUGAUAUAAUGUUUGAUUUGGGAUAUAUUGAAGUUUCCAUUUUUGGUGGCGGGUGGAAAGUUCUGUUCUUUUUGUUUUGAAAGAAGGCUGAUGAUUGGGCAAAGAGGAGGAUGGGUUUCUACUAGAGCCCUGCAUUUUGCAAAUAUUACAAUAAGUUACAGGUGCCUUUAUCCUGCUUGCUUAACGGGAUAUUUUUAGCUUCCUUUUUUGGUUUAAAGUUAUAGGUUUGGUUGGCUAGGGUGUAGGAUAGGGCUAUUUUGUUUGCAAGGUGCGGGGAAAUUGCAUCUUUUAGGGUAUUUUGGUCCUUUUCCUUCAAGAGGGUUUGAUUCUAUGAGAUAAAGUUCGAGUUUUUGGCUAGUUUUACGGGGGAAAUUUGAAAUUGAAGCUACUUUUGAAGUUUAUAUCAUGUUGAUAUUGGUCAUGUUGAUUUUUUGGGGGGCUUAAUCCCUCUUCAUUUUGUGUGGUUCUCAACUCACCGUAUUGUCGUACAGUCAUUCAAAAGUCACAAAAUAAAUUAGAGAUGGAUUAGAAUUAGACUCAUCAAA